GAGGUAACUGCCGGAACCUAACCACCAAUAAACCGACGCUUUUUUUAAAAGUUGUAUAAAUUUAUUUGUCUUAAAUUUCAAAAUUCACGGUGGAUCGCAGAUGUUUACCACUAACCUAGACUCCAAAGUCAAAUUACUUGUGACGUCAGCGGCGCCUUUAUUAACGAGUUCGAGCUGAAAUUUCAGAUGAGCGAAAACAUUACUAUGGCCCAGAACCCUCAAAAUAAAACACGAUCGAAAAUAAUCCAAUAAAACAAACCAAAAUGGCAGAUAACGUGCGAAUUCCUUCCAAAAAAGGCCGUAAGAGCUGCUACAGGACACACAGGGGGUCCGAUGACUACUUGCAGUCCAGACACAUCCGGGAGUUGUUCGAGCUGUUGACCGCCACUCUGGUGGUCGCUGCACCAGAGGAUCCGGUGCAGUUCCUGGUGGGGUUGCUGCGCGAGAUGAUCAGGUUCCGGAAGGGCAAGAGCGCGGACGCCCCUUUGCUGCUGGCCGACCACCACCUGGCCGCCGUGUUCUCGAGCUACGACCCGGCGGGCGCCGGCUACGUCACCGCGCCGCAGUUCCACGACGCCAUGAAGACGCUGGGCGUGGCGGGCCAGGGCAGCGCGCCGGUCGCCGAGGAAGACGGUCGCGUGCAGAAGGACGAAUUCAUCAGGACGGCCAAGGAUCGCUUGUUGCAGAAGUUACUGCAGUGUCUGAUGCCAACUGAGUGACCGCCUUUGAAUAUCAACAAAGCUGCUACUUAAAUUUUGCUGUUCGUGAAAAGAAUGUACUUAGCAUUUCAACAAAUAUUUAAAAAUAGUAUUUAACGUAAAUAUA